AUGAUGCCGAAACCAGAGAACGCUCAACUAGCUUACCUCUAUUUUGUUCCAAAACCACAUAAGGAAGGAACACCAUUAAGACCGAUUGUGUCCUCAAUGCAUAUGCCAACAACUGGCAUUUCCAAGUUUCUUGAUCGACUACUUCGACUGUUAUUCGAUCAACAUGCUCGCCCUACUACAAUUAUCGAUGGUGUUGAUCUCAUUCGACGACUUCAAGCAUACACUACAAAUGGAUAUUUGAAGCCNAAAUUCAGAGUUUAA